AGCCCCUCCCGUCCCGCGCCCACUUCGGUUAUUGAAUGGUUUUCACUUUAGGUUGGCGGGCGCGAGUUGAGUCGUUCAGCUAGCAGUUUGUAGACGUUUACGUUUUGUGACUGACUUUUUUUUAUCUCACUUGAUUCACUGUAACGUGCGCUAUCAGACAUUGAAGUUGCUCGCGAGUUUACCGCUUAACAACGAUGGGCUACCGACGAGACAUUCAAGCGCAUCCUCUGAUCAGAGAAAAAUGCCGCGAGUUGAUCUAUGACAACGACACUCUAAGAAAAAUUGGGGCCAUUUUCCUGGAUAACAUCAAGCGAGGCUUGGGAAAGGCCACACAUGCCGAUUCCAUCGUCAAAUGCUUCCCAACUUACGUCCAGGACUUACCCGAUGGAACUGAAACCGGCAAGUUUUUGGCUUUGGAUCUGGGCGGCACUAAUUUCCGAGUGCUUUUGAUCGAGCUGAGCGGUGAACACUUCGAAAUGAAGUCGAAAAUUUUUGCCAUUCCCGAACAUAUCAUGCUUGGAUCGGGCGAACAAUUGUUCGAUCACAUUGCUGAGUGCUUAGCAAUUUUCGUCAAGGAGGAACAGGUUCAACAUGAAACUUUGCCGCUUGGAUUCACCUUCAGCUUUCCGCUGUCCCAACGAGGUUUAACAGUGGGAAUUCUGGAAAGAUGGACCAAAGGCUUCAACUGUUCCAAUGUUGUUGGGAACGAUGUGGUGCAAAUGCUGAACGAUGCUAUCGAUAGAAGAGGAGACGUAUCGAUUGACGUCAUGGCAGUAUUAAACGACUCUACCGGCACACUAAUGUCGUGCGCUUGGUUGAACAAAAAUUGCAGAGUUGGCAUUAUUAUUGGUACUGGAAACAAUGGGUGUUACGUGGAACGGCAGGAAAACGCGGAACUAUUCGACGACGUCGAUAACGGUUCUGGAAAAGUGAUGAUCAAUCUGGAAAUGGGCGCUUUUGGAGACGAUGGUUGCCUGGACUUCGUUCGCUCUGAGUACGAUAAGGACGUCGACAGAAAUUCCAUAAAUCCCGGCAAGCAGAUACAAGAGAAAAUGAUCUCCGGGAUGUACAUGGGCGAGCUAGUGAGAUUAGUUUUAGAGAAAUUCACCAAAGAAGGCCUGCUGUUUGGCGGCAAAGGAUCCGACAUGCUGUUCGAGAGGAAGCGGUUUUACACCAAGUACGUUUCGGAAAUUGAGAGCGACGAACCUGGACUGUUUACCAACCAAAAGCAGAUCUUGGAAGAACUAGGGCUUAAGCAUGCGACUGAACAAGACUACGUGAACGUGCGGUACAUAUGCGAGUGCAUUAGCAGGAGGGCGGCCCAUUUGGCUUCCGCCACCAUUACCACUCUUCUGCACAAGAUGGAUGAGAAAAAAGUCACAGUGGGAGUAGACGGCUCUGUUUACCGCUACCAUCCCCAUUUCCGCAAUUUGAUGAUGGAGAAAAUCAGGGAAUUGUGCGAUCCAAGUAUUGAGUUUGAUUUGAUGUUGUCUGAAGAUGGAUCCGGAAGAGGAGCAGCGCUUGUAGCGGCCGUAGCGGCUCGCCACAAGAAAAAGGCCCUCACCACAUGAAUAGAAAACGUAGCAUCUUGUAAAUACUUAAAAAGCAGCCAGAGAUAGCCCAUGCGAUAAUUUUAUUACAACUGUGUAGGAUAAUGCUGAAGUUUCGACUGGUCCGAGUCGAGCCACCACUCGUUUGGUACUAUUUAAGAAGAAAUCCCGCAUUUUUGUUCCUAGAGACUGUUAUUUACUUAUAUAGUUGUGCGGUGUUACUUCUGGAGUCGAAAACGUUCCGAAAAGAAUGCCCGCCGCACCUUGAAAGGUUUAACGCCUGAAUAUUCUUGUCUGAACGGUCCAGUGUACUGCUACUUUACUGCAAAUACCUCUACAGUACUCGAUUAGUUAGAUGGAAUUUUAUUGUUUUACUUAAUUAAAUGAAGUAUUUUUUAUAAUUACUUAUUUAGACAAAAAGUAACUUAUUGUUGAAGUGUUGUAGCUAGUAGAUGUUUAAUUUCCUGUUUAAUUUCAAGCAAAUUUAUUCAUUUCUCUGCUGAGCGUUUUUUAUUCGAUGUAUUUUUAAUCAAGCCUGGAGGAUUCAUCAGGAACUUCUACGACCGACUGCCAUUGCGUCUUUUGAAGCACUUACUGAAAUUAUUUUCUUCUAAGAUUCUCUAUACGUUACUUUAUUUUUGAAUAUAUCGCCAAUAGAGGCAAUGGUUUUUUAUAAAAACUUUAUUAUUGUCAAAUACAUUUAAUAAUUA